AGGCCGUGGGCUUUUCCCGGCUUGGGUGGGUUCCAUCGGAGUCUACAAAUGGAGGAAGAUUACACAAUCACACACAGAUCGAUCUCGAAAAAUGUCUUCACAUAAUUCGUCGGCUGUCAAUGAUCCACGUCAGCCAUCGGCGGCGAAGCCCUUUGUGGCAACUCCAGUGGCUCCUCAAGACUUGCCCAUUGAUUACGCUGGUUUCAUCGCCGUCGUUUUCGGGGUUGCCGGCGUUAUGUUCAGGUAUAAGCUGUGCUCGUGGCUCGCAAUCAUUUUCUGUGCGCAGUCACUGUCGAAUAUGAGGAACAUUGAGACCGAUCUUAAGCAGAUUUCCAUGGCUAUGAUGUUUGCAAUCAUGGGUUUGGUGACAAACUACUUAGGGCCUGCUCGACCUGCCACAAAGAAUUGAGAUGCCGAUGGUGGAGUCAAGAUGAACUGUGAGAGUGUAGCACAUUUAUUUUUCAGGCACUUGAUGUUGACCUGAGGCUCAUUUUUCUUUUUAGAUUUUGGUUUUGGACUGAUAGUGAGCUGCUGUAUUGAAUAUGAAAGGAUAACAAACUGUUCUUGUUUUAUUUGCAAUUUAUCCCUGUUUUAUAGGUUCCUGCAGUUUGCUUUCAGUUUAGUUCAUUCAAAAUAAUAUAUCUAUUUUCAAUUUUAUCUUA